GUCAUGCGCACUGUGAGAUGACAGGCCGGGAAGGAGUAUUUCUACGAAGAGGGUUGCAGAUGUUACGUCUUGCCGAAAUACCAGGAAAACAACGAAAUACAUACAGAAAAGCCGGCGUGGGAAAGAUUUGAAUUAUAUUUUUGUCUGUUAUAAGUCAUUGCACAGUUCGUAUCGUAUGAUGGACCGUUUAAAAACCUUUAAUUAAAGGUGUCUGUUUUAGGCCGUAACUGUUAUAGUGCAACAGUGGUAGUGAAUUCAGCGAGAUUUUUGCUUUCUACCGAUGUUUCUCUUACAAAUAUCGGAUUAAUAAAAAUACAGGUCUUUAGUUGCAAGAUAAUUUUCAAAGACUAAUGACAGAUCUCAUACAUUCCACUGGUUUCAAAUUUUACGUUCAAGAUUAUACGUUGUGUUGAGAUUCAAAACUGCUUCCGUGUACUCAAGUUUACAUGGAUAGUUUGUAUAAAAUGAGCUCGGAGCAACAAAUCCCAUCAGUUGAUAGUUUUCUCGAUUCAUUAAGGCUUAAGCAACUAGAGAGUUUGUUUACGUCGAACGGUAUCGUUUCUGUGGAGCAGCUAUUCGAUUUCGAUGAUGCAGCCCUUCAGCGCAUUGGAGUUGAUAAGCACGGAUACAGGAAACGAAUGGUCAUUGAGCUGAAUAAUUUGCGAUUACGGUUAGAAAUUCUAAAGAAAGGUCAAAUUAAAUCGCAUGAAAAUGGAGAAAAUGAAAUAAUACCAAAUGAUCAAGACACAUUGAAAUCAGUAGCUGCAAAAGAGUCUUUUCAGCUGGAUGUUAAUAAGGAUUCAGUUGAAUUGGGUAAACCUGAAGUAUUAGAUGAAGCACCUCAUGUUGAGGUUGCUCCCGCUAUACCUCCCAAGUUGAAAUCAGCAAGAGAGCCACCACCUGCCCCCCUGCCAAGAAAUGUAUCAGCUUUAAAUCACCCUGGGGUCCCUGAGAUACCCCCAAGAUUGGACCUCGAUGAACAACAGCAUGAUGACACAAAUGCACAUGAGCCCAACAAAAGAAGCUCAGGCAGUGUGAAAGAACAUGAAGCAUUUCAGAGUUUUUCAUCAAUAAAUGAAAUUAAACGUGCAGUUACAAUACCAAUGCCAAGGAAGAGGUUAGCUCCCCAGCCCCCGAAAGAAAAUGCAAGUGAGUUUGUAAUUGAUAAGAGCAAGGUUGAAACUGGAAGCAGCUCUGAUGCUGCAGGAAAAAUAGAGCCCUCAGAAAAACAACAAAAUGACCUUUCGCCAGAAAUGAGGCCUACUGCACUUUCAAUAGUUAAAAACAAAGAAUUCAUUGGAAGAAUGAACAGCCUAAUCUUAUCACCUGCAAGGCCAGCACCACUGCCUCCAAAAAUAGUGUCACCAGUUGAGAAAGAUGCAACUGGUUUGAAAGACGAAGAUGGCUCAUCAGACAGUGAUGAUGAAUCACCUCCUGGCACUCAAGAACUGGCCACAGAGACUCCUAGAUUUCUUGAAGAUGAAUUGGAGAAAAUUGGAAUGACAGCAUCAGCAGACAGGAGAGCUAGCAAAUUGGUUACUUUGCGUAGGUCUGGAUUUCUGGAAAAGCGUGGAGGGCAAAACAACCAAAAGCGAUUCAAAAGGCGAUGGGUUGUCUUUGACGGCAACGAUCUUCGAUAUUAUGACAAGGACACUCAAACAGAUUGUUUGCAAAUAGUUCCUCUCAGCCGCAUGAAGGGUGUAAAGAUUGCAUCAGCGGAUGGAAAAGACAAGAAGCAACAGCUGCUGUUAGAGACUCCAAACAGGACAUUCAUCUUUACAUCUGAUGAUCAUAAUGAAAUUGGACUUUGGGCAAAUACUCUUAUGCAAGCUAUCAUGCUUAGAAGUGAGAUACCAGAGACAUGUAGUGAGGAGUCAAUUGGUGGUGACAUGUCAGAUCCUGAUAAAGAGGGUUGGUUAAAAAAGCAAGGCCACAACGUAGCUAGAGACUGGAAAGAUAGGUACAUCGCAAUAAAGGAUGGGAAAAUAGCAUAUUAUCGCAAUUAUGAGAAUUAUAAACAAGGAUUACCGAUUAACUGUCUCAACAUGGCACUGUCAACAAUCAGGCCAGAUGCUUCUCGAUGUAGGAUUUCAAUGUUGACUGCACAACAAAAGGAUUUUGUAUUUGAAGCGAAGGAUGAACAAUCUUACCAGGAAUGGGAGGCAGCUUUUAAAACCAGCAUCCAAAUUGCACUGGGCGAUACUUCGGUUCUGCAUGAGAUCCAAGAAAACCCCAGUAAUAAACACUGUGCUGAUUGUGGCAAAAGAAAUCCAGUGUGGGCAUCUGUGAACCUCCUCGUAAUUGUAUGCGAUCAGUGCAUUGGGUUUCACCGAAAAUUGGGUGCUCAGAUUUCAAAGGCCAGGUCAAUUCUAAUGGAUGUGAAAGUAUGGACGUCGUCCCUUAAGCAGUUAAUGAAAACUGUUGGAAACAAAAAAGCAAACAGUUUCUGGGAAAAAAAGCUGCCGGAGGAUGAUAAAAUUAAGCCUGACUCGUCGAGUGAAAAACGCUACGAGUUUAUCUUCUCGAAGUACAAAGAGAAAAGAUACAUUCACUUUUCCCAAUAUUACGGCCAGGAAGACAACCUUGGCAUGGCUUUAAGAGAAAAUGUCACCACUGAUGAUGUGCUGCAAACCCUUCAGCUCAUCAUUUGCGGAGCUCCGAUUUACUACACUAAGGCAGGGAAUGAGGAUGACAGAUCCCCUUACGAACUUGCAACAGCUGUUAAUCAAGAACUGCAAAUGGAGCUUCUGCGCCAGUUUAAUGGAAAUUUAACCGCCGAGGAACGAGAGAAAGAAGAAAGGGAAGAAGCGGAACGAAUACGAAAGGCAAGCGAAGAGGCUGCUCGGAGGAAUGCACCUCCCCCAACCACAUGGGAAAAGGAGGGCAUUCUUCUAAAGAGAGGACCAAAAAAUAGCGAGCCAUGGAGGCAGAGAAUGUUUUAUCUUCAAAAACGAAGUCUAUUUUAUCAACGAGAUAAAGAAAAAGAACUGAUUGACCUAAGAGAAAUGAUAGAUGUUCAGUUAGGAGUGAAUGACGAUGACCCAAAAACAAUAAAUAUUGUACUACCAAACAGGACGUUCUAUUUGAAAGGAGAGACACCAAGUGACGCUAAAUCGUGGUACUGGGCAAUAAAAAACAAGCAGGUUUUCGGAGUAGCAAUAGAAAAUCAAGAGUUGAAUGGAAAGAAGGUCCCCCAUCUGGUAGCCAAGUGCAUCGACUACGUAAAUUACUAUGCAUUAGAUGAAGAAGGCAUUUAUCGGAAGAAUGGAUCUAUGAGCACUAUAAGAGCGAUCAAGCAAGUCUUCAAUCAAGAUGCUGCAGCUGUACGCCUUACACUUGAUGAGUAUCCGUUUGUUCACAACGUAUGCGGUGUUCUUAAGUUAUACUUCAGAGAAGGUCUCCAGGAACCGCUAAUGACAGAUCGACUAUAUGAAAAAUUUUUAAAGAAUUCAGUCAAUACUGACCAUGAUGGAAGACUGACGACCAUUUAUCAAUUACUCAAAGAAUUACCUGAAGUGAAUGCUGCCACAUUGAAAUGCCUCAUUGUACAUCUCGACGGAAUAAUCAGACAUUCUGAGAAAAAUCUAAUGAGCAAAGAAAAUGUUAAUCGUGUUUUUGCACCCAUUAUUCUAAACCAGGGCAAAUCAACCAAUGAGAUGAUCUUGAGUCGAGAGUAUGCCAUUUUUGACGAUAUCCUAACUUACUACAUGUAUUUUUUCGAUAUCGAUCCGUCAGAAGAAGCUAAAAAGCAAGAGCAAAUUGAAAAUGCGAAACGGGUGAUGGAUGAUGCUAUGAAACUAAAAGACCGAAUGUCUGAGGGAUUCAAAAUCGACGAAAUUCAAAUUUCUGUGUCAAUACAAGACAGUCAGGAUUCUUGUAUGGUGAAGGUGAACAAAAAGAUGACUGCGAGCGAAGUUUGUUUAUACAUUGUAAAAUUGAAAUCGCUGCCAGCCGAUUCAAACUGGGCAUUAUUUCAGAAAAUAAAGGGUGCUGGUUUAGAGCGACCACUGCAUACAAACGAAUCUGUAUUUUCCCUGUUGAUGGAAAGCAUUAAACUUGAAGAUCAACGUACAUAUUCCUUGAAGAAUAAUUAUGUAUUCGAAAUGACAGCGCCAUAUCAGAAUGCAAGACUUAGCAUUCGAGGCAAACUGUACUGGAAAAAGAACGAUGGAAACUGGAAGGAGCACUUUCUGGUCUUAAGGACAGGAGACUUAAUUGUUUCUUUGAAGGAACAUAGCUCAGAAGUUGAGAAGCUGUCAAUUCAUCAGUGGCUGCUUUUCAUUGGCAACGAUGAACGAGCAAAGAAGAAGUCGCCAAAAAAAUAUGGGUUUACACUCAUGAGCGAUUGUGAGAAAAGAUAUGUGUGUACUGACGACGAGAAAUACCUGUACAGAUGGAUCAGUGCUAUUUUACAAAUCAAGUAUCCAAACGGUAUUUGGACAAACCUUCAAGAAGCAGAAAGGACUAUGACAGCAAUCACUGAGGAUCUAGUGCCUCUCAAUCAAAGAAGAAGUAUGUUCCUGGGGAGACAGUCGACAGUUCUGGGAGAACAAGGCUCGUCAAAGCAAGUCCAAAUGGAGCUGCAAAUUAAGAGACAAUCUUUAAAAAGAAUUCGUUAAUAAAUUAAUAUAAUAUACGGUAUUAGAUUGAACUUUUGUAGUGUCUAGUAGAGGCUCGUACCAUAAUUUCCGUUCAAGAGGGAAGCCAUUUGUGAUAUUUUGAAUUUGAUUGCUUGUAUCAAUCGAUGGAUCGAUUGCUGUCCUUGACAACCGUUGCAUAAAUCAACGUAGAUAUGUUGCACAAUUUUCAUGCAAUCCAUUAGAAUGCGUGCUUCUAACCGCCUCAGCUUAUUUCCAUGUAAAACAUUGGAUGUAAUGUUAUAACUGUACAAAAGCACAAUGGCUGUUAUGAUGACGUGCAGUUGUUGUAGCCAUUAUUGUAUCAAUUGGUAAUAGGCUUGAUUGUUUAUGCAUGCUUCUACUGUUCUUGUUUAAGUUAGGCUAGUAUUUCCGGACCAUGAUGAAUUUUCCUCAUAAUUGACAUUAGGAUACUGGCGGACCACAUUUUGCAAGACCUUUAUAUACACUGCAAAAAGUCUCUUUUGAAAGGAAUGUGUCGGUUAGCGACGGUCGGGUAAUUUUUUAAACUUCAUGUUGCUCUAUAUGUGAAGAAUUAUUUUAGUAUUGUGACUUGUAUUGUGACUAGUAUUGUAUUCGUAUAUAGACAUUAUGAAGAUAUUAAGGGGUUAUAGAGGGACCCUAUACUUUUGUUGUCACUUCUAAGGAGAAACGUUGUCAAACAUAGUUGUCAAGUAUUAUGUUAACUGACAAGCUUAAAAGACAUCAAAUUGCAGGAAUUUUAUGGGGGAGUAAUCCUACAUAAUAUAAUUAUUUCUGUAUUUUUUCCAAAUUGUGGAGACGGGUUUUCGUACUUGACCUGGUUGUGCCGUACUCAUUUGUAAUUUUUGAUACACAAUGCAUAAGAAAUAUGGUUUCUACUUUGGUAACAUGCUGCUAUUGAGAAAAUUAUUUUUUCGAUUCUCGUUUCGUAGAUAUUCAUGGUAUGCUUCUUUUUAAGCGACGACUAGCAAAAAUGGUAGCAGAAAAUAUUUUGCUUUGAAAUUUCAAAAGACCAGAUGUUUUAAACGAAAUUAUAAGUAUUUGGUUUAUACAUAUAUAUUUAGAUUCAUGACUUAGAUUACGGUUAUCUUAUUAAGUAGCUGUUUCUUUUUCAACGAAGGUUUCACAUUUAAAAACUUGUUCUGUUUACGUACCCCUAACAUGGUAAAAAUACGAUAUUUGCUCUUUGUCUUGUGUUUGGUUAAAUAUCCGCCUGAAAUCGUCUCUGUGUUAAUUUUCAAUUUUUCUUCAUUGCUCGCAGACAUUAUUUGCGCAUAACUUUGGGCCGUAUCUAAAGCAAAAUAUUUUCUAGUAUGCUGUUCCAAACAUAAUGGUCCAAACAUGAUGGUGUUAAAUUUUAAAUUUUAGCCAUUAUCCCCCCACUUUUGUAGGAUUUUUUGUCAAGUAAUAUUGAUACAUUUUUAUGGGUCUUUUUAGAAUUCCGAAAUAGUCUCAUAUUUUUGCUCGUUUAGUUUAAUUGGAGAAUGUAUUAUUUUUUAAUAGAUUCAAACCGUUGGUUUAUUAAACGAUUUAAAGUUUUUGGUAAAAAAUUAUCCUUCAA